AUGAAUGAAUAUUUAAAAUAUACUACUUGUUUUUAUGUUUUUGAUUUAUAUUUGUGUGAAGAACCUAUAAAUUUGAUAAGAAACUUAGAUUUUACACAGAAUGAUGAUAUUAUCAUAAUAAGUUUAAAAAAUAUAUUUAAAAGAGAAUUGAUAAAUAUAAUUAAAACACAUAUAGAGAAAUAUUUUAGCAUAAAAAAUUAUUAUAAAUUUUUAAAUAUAAAUUACACAUUUCAGAAAAAUGCCUUUCUUAUUUUGGUGAAACAAACAAUAUAUAAUGAUGUCGAAAAUAUUUACUACAAACACAUAAGAAUUUACACAAAAAAAAAAUAUGGAAAAACAUAUAAAGAAGUUAUACGUUAUUAUUUUAAUGAGUAUUUAGAAGAUAAAUUAAAUAAAAAAGAAAUAUUAGAAAAUGAACAAAAUAAUAGUAACAAAAAUAAUUACGAAACAAUUUUAUAUAAAAAUAUGAUACAACAUAAAAUCAAUAAUAUGACUUAUAAUAAUUUUAUAAAUAAAUAUUUUAAAAUAGAUAAAAAUAAUAAACGUUUAAGUAAUUCAUUUUUAAGUAAAUAUGAAGAAAAAAAAAAAAAAAAAAAUGAAAAUGAAUAUGAAAAAAAUUCUUAUUGUAGUAGUGAUCCUAAUAGAAAAGGAAAAAGUAUAAUCAAAAAUAUUAGAAUAUCCAGUAAUUAUUCAAUUGAUAAAAGAAAAAAAAUAUUUAUAAAAGAAGAAAUAAAAGAAGAUAUUAAAAGAAAGACAGAAUAUGAUGAUAAUUUACUAAUUUGCUUAACCUUUAAAAUUAAGAAUGUUAGCUUUUGUAUAGCUUUUUCUAACUUUACCUUUUAUGAAUAUUUAGAAAAAUUAGAUUAUUAUAAAUAUAUAUUUUAUGAUUAUAACAAAAAUAAUAAUAAAAAAGAUACUGUUAAUUUUAAUUAUAUGAACUUUUAUAUAAAAAAUUAUUAUAUGUAUUGUAAACAAAUUUAUAAUUAUUUUAUUAAUAAUAUUAUUUUUGAAACAAAAAAUGAAGAUUUAUAUUUAUUUAAUAUUGAUGUUAUAAUUUUUUUGGGUUUUGAUAAUUUUAUUUUAUUUAAUUAUCAAAAAGAAAAUAUUUUAAAUAAUAAUUCAUUUUUCUUUGAUCAAAAUAUUGUUAUUUUAAAUAAAAAUAAAAAAAAUUUUUUACAAAAAAAGAUAUAUUCUACCUUAACUAAAGAAAAAGGAAGAAAAUUAACACAUGUUGGAUAUAAAGUGCUUUGCGAUUUAUUUAUGCAAAUUGAAGUAGAUAUAAUUGACAAUUUUUUUUAUAAGCAUUUUCAUGAAAUUAAACAAAAAAAUAAGAAUAUAAUUAUUUCUUUAAAUCCAAAGGUGAUCGAUUUUAAUUUGAUUCACACAUAUCAAAUAUAUCAAGCAAAUUUUGAAAUAUCUUAUGAUUAUAAAGGUAAUAGUGAUAAUGAAAGUUUCAUAAUUAAUGAUAACAUAACUAUAAAUAAUAGCUAUUAUAAAUAUAACGAACAUAUGCACAAAAAUAAUAAUGAGAAAAACUAUGAAUAUAGAAAAGAAUUGAGAAAUGAAGAUGUAGAGUAUAAAAAUGAAAAAAAAAAAAAAAAAAAAAAAAAUUACUUACUAAAUAUUUUAGAUGUAAGUUCUUCAAAAAGAAAGAUUUCUCAAAAAAAAAAAAAUGAAAAAAGUAUUCAUAAUGAAAACUAUAUAUAUGAUGAAAAAUAUUUUUAUCAUAAAAAGAAUAAUUCUGAAGAAUUUUGUUCCUAUAAUAUAAGUGAUGAAAAUAACAUGAUAAAAUUUCAAGAAAAAUAUAAUUAUAUUUUUCCAAAAAAAAGUAAUGUUUUUUAUAUAAAUGACGAAAUUUACUUAAAUGAUAAGAAUGAAAUUAAUGAAGAUAAAAUAUAUUUUUCUAUUUUGUGUUUAGAUACAAAAAGUAAUUCUACUAUUCCAGUAAAUUUAUAUUCAUAUUUGCACUUAAAAAAAAAUUCUAUUUUUAAAUAUCUUGAAGAAAAUAUUCGUUUCAAAAAAGAAGGAAUAAAAAAAAUAUCAAAAAGUAAAAACUCCUUAAUUAAUGAGAAUAAUUUUGAUAUGAUAAGAUAUACAUAUAUAUAUCCAUAUAAAGGAGUUAUAAAAAAGAAUUCUAAAAAGAAAAUUCAAUUAAAUUUAUACGUUGAACAAAUUUUAAAUUCAGAAAUACUCAAUGAUUCUUUUGUUUUAAUUAUUAGAAUUCACAAUUUCGUGAAAGACAUGUUUUUGACAAUUAAGUUUUCUCUUAAAAAUAAUAUAGUUAAUUCUUUGCUUCAUAGUAAUAUCACAAAUGUAUAUAAUUCUAAUAACAUUUUAAAUAAUAUUAAUGAUAAUUUAAUUGAUAUUAAUAAUAAUUUAAAUUUAAAUAAAAAUAAAAGUUUUAAAAGUAAUACAAAUAUAAGUUUACAAAACCUUAACCGCAAUUCAGAUAAAAAAAAAAAAUAUAACAUAAAGAAUAUAAUAAAUGGUAGUAACUCAAACAAUAUAAAAAUAGUUUCGUUUUUAUCUGCUAAUUUCGCAAAAUUUAUUUUCUCUUUAUUCUUUACAUUGGAUGACUAUGAAAAAGAUUUGUUGAAUAGCAAAGAUGAGAUGAUAGAUGAUAUUUUUUAUUUUUUCAGAUUAACAAAUUUAAAUAAUUAUCAUCUUCUAUAUUCAUUUAAUCCUAUUCUUACGAAUCUACAUAUGAAUAAAAGAAUUGAUUUUACUUACUUUUUGAAAAGAAGUUUCUAUAUAAAAUAUAAUGAUAAGAAAACAUUAUGUAGUACAUUUUUUAUCGAUAAUAAAAUACAUAAAAAUAUAAGGAAGAAAGAUUCUGGAUUACCAUACGAAAUAAAUUACUUAAUUGAAAAAAUAAAAGAUAAUGAAAAGAUUGAAAAAAAAAUAACAUUAGAAUCAUUUUUGUUGUUAUGUGAACAAUUAUUUUAUAUUUUAAAUAAAAAUAUGAUUUAUUGUAGCUUUCUUGAUACUAUAAAAAAUAUUUACAAUUAUAAAAUUAGUAAAAAUAAAAAAAUGUGUUUAAUCUUUUACACAAUUUUAAAAAAUUGUUCUCUAUUUUAUAAAAAUAUUUUUUUAGUUUUUAUUUCUUUUUUAAAAAAAUUAUUUACUUAUUUCAUAAAAUUAUCUAUUCACAAUUUUCAUGUGUUAGUUUUAAAAAAAACUAAUGAUGUUCAUAUGAAUUUAUUAAAAAAAAAAAAAAAACAUUAUUUUCGUUUAUUUCUUGAUGCUUUUAAUUUUUUUCAUAUUUCUUUUUUAAGUUAUGUAUCAACAUUUUUUUUUAGCUUUUUAGACAUUCAAAUAGCCUUAGAUUUAAUACAUUACUUACUUUUUUAUUUAUAA